AUGCUCUUGGGAACACAUAGCACACAUGACUUUGGGUGUGCCAGGCACGGCGCGAAGACUGUGGCCAUCGGCAUCCCAGAGGGCCGCGUUCAGCUGUCCAGCGAGUCCAUGCAGCGCUACCGCGCCGCCGUGAACACCUGGCUGCAGGACUGGGCCUCCUCGAGCGAGACGUCUGGCCGGGUGCUGUACCUCGACUUCCCAAUCCCGUUCUCGGACGACACAGGAGACUGGGAGGGCGACGGGCUGCACAUGUCCGCGCAGGGGUACCAGAAGCUGGGACGCCUCCUGGGCCCGCUGAUACGCAACUUUGUGGGAUGCUCGGAGAGGGAGCUCGCAGCAGGCUCUUGA